AUGACACUCACCGAUCUCGAGGCCAGAAUGCUGGCGGUAGCCCUGCAGCAGACCGAGCAGCAGGCAAGGGAUGUGAGUCGCCUCGAGGAGCUGAUCGAGCGAGAACAGUCGAGAGCAGAGACACAUCUGCCCAGGACCGCGGCAGUCCUCGAGGCUCUGACGGCGGCCGAGGAGGACCUGUCCAAGAUGAAGAGCAUCGUCGCGCGGCUCGAGGACCUUGAACGCUCGCUCAGUGCCCACCGGCAGAUGGCGGAGACCAAGACGCAGCGGCUCGGCGGGGGCAGGGACCCGUCCUUGGCCCGCGAGGUGACGUCCUAUGAGCACCUCGAGAUGGUCACGGAGCAGCACCGGCUGGUCACGGCCGACCUCGUCCUCGCCCGGAGGUGGCGGUGCGCGCUGGAGUGCCGGCUCUGGGCGCUUGGGUCGAGUUGCUGCUACGUCGUGCAUGAGCAGAUGGUGCACGCGGACAUGAUCAAGGGCUUCGAAAACAACCUGAGGAAAUCUCGCGACAGGUACCGGGCUCUCUUGGUGGUUGCUGAUGCCGAUAAUCUGGCUGGGUAUGAGAGUGGAACGGACAGGAUUCGGAGGGACGGGGACGCCACUGUAGUGUUUGUCGCUUCUCGCGUCUAUCAGCUCGUCACUUCUCCUGGUCCAGUCGCCCCGAUGCAGCACCUCUGGAUACCGCGGUGA